AUGUGUGCAGGAGGAGGGCAACAAGGUGCUCAGGAGGGUAAUGAUGAGGAGGGCAACAAGGUGCUGAGGAGGGCAACAAGGUGCCGAGAGGAGGACAGCGAGGUGCCGAGAGGUGGGCAGCGAGGUGCUGAGGAGGGCAACAAGGUGCCAAGAGGAGGGCAGCAAGGUGCGCAGGAGGAGGACAGAGGUGAGGAGAGGAGGGCAGCAAGCCCUACCACUGGCAUCUGCCGAAAGUUCAUUGUGCAAGCUGUCACACCCUCUGGCAAAUUCGAAGUUCCCCUCAAGGAUAAUGCCAAUCAUAUCAGCAAACUCGCCAUAUGGCUGGUAACCCAUUCACCCUUCAAAGGAUGGAUUAUUUUCGAGUGGAUCAGAAAAUCAGUAUGGUUUGCACUGAAGCUAUUGUGGCCAACCAUCCUGUUUCUCUAUACUGGUAGUGGUGACUUUGAAGAUGACACUGAUUCGUCGUAUAACACAGGAUACUACAAACCGUAUCUUCGCCAGUUUCAGGGUCAGCUAUGGGCAGCUCGUUCUCGCAUGGAGCAUUCAUCACGCAUUAAAGAGGAAGCUGAUAUGAUUACCCGUACACAUGCCUGUUACCCUCGAAUUCUCAUGAUCUGCAACCCAAACAAGAAUGAGUGGGUUCGAUGCGUAGAUCGCAAUAUCAUCAUCCACACUAAAUACAUCGCCAUCUCUUACUGCGCCUCUGACGUCUACUCUCGAGGCUUGAGUGAGAAGAAAGAAAAGGCACAGUUUACAGAUGACAUUCGUGUGGCGGUCCUCGACCAGCAAUUCAAUGCCUACUGGCUCGACUUGGAGUGUCCGGGAGAGACUCCAUCAGAGGAGAAUCUGGAUGUGUACUGCAUGUCAGACGUCUACUGUAGAGCGGAGAUGAUGUUGAUCAUGCUCAGGAGAGCUGACUCCAGAGAGAAGGAGUGCUGGAUGAGCUGGGGCGGACGGGUAUGGACUUUUUCAGAAGCCCUCCUGAGCUCUCGGCUUUGUUACAAAUUCUGGGAUCGGGAAGAGGUUGAGCCGUUGUCGUUGUUUCAGCUCGCAAACCUGGCCUAUAUGAACUCCGAAGAUGAACAAGCGAUUAUCAAUGCACACGCCGGUGGGAAGGAUCCACUUGAGAGGCUGGAGCACUUGAUGCUAUUGAAAAAAGCUAUAUGGAGGCGCGCUAUGGCAAAUUUCCCAACACUUUCGGACCCUCCUCUCCUGCCAAAGUCGUACAUGGUAGGCAGGGGGUCUGUCACCGGCGAGGGGCAUAAGCCACACAAAGCGGAACACGUUUAUGCGCUCAUGGGCUUUUUUGAGCACCGCAUUCAGCCAAACCACGAUGAGGAUCAAUUAUGUGCACUCACGAGGUUGUCAAUGGCCAACGAUAGCGACCACAUGGUGUCCAUGUUUCCCUCAACCACCACCGCAGGGGCGUGCUGGUACGCUGACAAUGAUAUCUAUGACGCGAAUCUUUGGGACAUCCUUCCGGAGAUCCAUGUCACUGGUGUGACGGAGAACAGAGCUCUCGUUUUGGAUGGCUGUCGGGUGGCAGCCAUCAGAUGGAAGGACUUCCCGGAGGUUCCAUUUUCGACGACAUUUUCAUUGAGGAGGAAGAUUGUCAGUUACAUCCCGUAUUUCUCCUGGUCGUUCAUUAUCAUUGGUUUAUGUCUUAUACCGGUGAAGACCAGCAAAGCACUGGCAGAAGGCUUCAUACUCAUUGGCAUCAGACUCCUCCUGUUUUUAUCCCCUCAAAUGUUUCUUUAUAGCAAAUCUGGGCCUAUAGUCACCAAGCAGCCGUGA